AGUUGUGAGCGGCGCUGCACUGACGGCGCCUGUCGGCUGUGGUGCCGGUACCGGCGCGGCGCGGCGGCCGGUCCGCCCAGCGCGCCGCCCCUGGCCCCGCCGCUGCCGGCGCGCCCGCCGUCCGACGGGUCCGCCUAUAAAGGCGCCGACACGUGCGCCCGACGCCAGACGGUCGGAGGAGUGGUACGGUACGGUGUGUCGCCAUGGCUCCCUCCUGCAGUCCUGUGACGCCGCUGGCCCUGUGGCGGCGGCGCGACUCGACCAACUCGGCUCCGCUGGCGCCGGUGUCGUUCUGCCUGCCGGACGGCGGCCGCCUUCAGCGAGAGCUGCGCAUCAACUACAACAUGAGCGAGGUGCGCGCCCUGCUGGCGGACGAGAUCCAGUUUGAUCCGGAUCAGUUGGACAUCUACUGCGACUCGGAGCCGGAGCCCGUCGCCGACAGCCUGGUGCUGGCCGGGCUCGACGUGGAGCACCGCCAGCUGACUCUGCACGUGCAGCUGAGGGAGCCGGCAGCCGCACCGGUCCGGCCGGCCGGCCAGCCAGAGCGCCACCCUCCGGCCGCGCCUCCGCUGAAGCCAGUGAAGGGCCACGACUCGCAGCAGCAGCCGUUCGCGCGGCGCGUGUACGAGUGGGGCAUGAGGCGGCGGUGCUCGCUGAGGUGGCGGUGAGCGGGUGAGCCGCGCACGGCCGCCUGAGGGCGACGGUGGACGGCCACCAGAGCAGCACCACAGCUGACCGCUGCCGUCUCCAUGACCGGCCUCCGAUGGGAAGCCGCAGCCAGUGGGCUAUGCACCUCGCUAUACAGGUGUGACAGUCAGGGGCACUCGGCGAUACAGGUGUGACAGUCAGGAGCUCUGGGCGAUACAGGUGUGACAGUCAGGAGCUCUGGGCGAUACAGGUGUGACAGUCAAUAGCUCUGGGCGAUACAGGUGUGACAGUCAGGAGCUCUGGGCGAUACAGGCGUGACAGUCAGGAGCUCUGGGCGAUACAGGUGUGACAGUCAGGAGCUCUGGGCGAUACAGGUGUGACAGUCAGGAGCUCUGGGCGAUACAGGUGUGACGGUGUUUACAAUUUACCAUUGAAUUUUUACGAACGAUGUUUUGAUCAGCUAAGUUAUAUGUAACGUGCCUUAACGCUCAGAUUUUGCAUUCCGAGGCCAAUAUCAAGAUAAUCAUGGUGCCGUUUGCUCUUUCCCUCCCUGUUUGUUUCGUGGUAAUUCAUUUCUGACAACUACUCACGUUAGGUCAAAGUCUAUCGCGCCUUACGGUUUUUGACAUCAGAGGUUGUGUGUUUUUGGUCGCUGCUUCAGUGCAGUUGUGCAUUUUCUGCCAUCAGAGAAAUGCUGAUGUGGUUUUACUAAUGGUCUCUAUGAGACUUCUGAUACUCGCUUGUCAGCAUGUUCCCUGAUAGAAUUGCAUUGAUUAGUCAUUCCCAGUUGUAAGAAUAAGGCGUUUGCGUGUGAAGUGCCUAUAGUGUUAAGUGUAUAUUUUGCUAUUCGGAUGUUGAGUGCAUCGCUGUGCUACGAGAAACUAUGAGUCUUCUGGUCACCUAAAGCUGGUUUUGCAUAAUACACGUGGUAGGUACUCGAUAA